AUGUGGCCUAACUGCGUAUAUGUUGGUGCGUUGGUUGCCGUACAAACAACUAAGGGGUGGCAGCUAGGUGAAAUAACUCACGUGAUCCACGACGACGAUGUGAGGAUCGCCUUACGAGAUUGGGGAACCCGAAUAACCAGGAAGGUACGAACUGUGUUCCGGCUGCCGGAACAAUUCACCACGGAGAAUCGCACGUUGGAAGCCAUAUCAUGCAGUUUAACCAACAUUUUGCCGUUUGGCGGAGGUCAGAAGUGGCGCAGUGAUGACAUACACUUGGUCAAAUUCCUGAGCGAGGACCAUCGAGCCACCAUAAAGAUCCGAGGAUCCACGGAGGAUGGAGUAGAAGCGUACGUAGACCUCACGGUUACCCGGGAGUAUGGACACAGUGCGAAUCUGCGAAAAUUGCUAGAAGACCUCGGCUGUGGAUACUUUUGGCCUGCAGUCAAUACCAAAGCCCGACCGGGACUACAAGAUAUAAAAUAUUAA